AUGAGUACCAACAUCAAACUCACAAUCAUAAUCACGAUCACGCUCAGGCAGCAGCAAAGAAACCAGCAAUCUCACGCUUCCAACGCGGCAACAAUGCCAAACUUCAAAGCGCUCCUCACCGGCCGCACGCCACUCUACAUACUCGCGAUCCCGGUGCUCGUGCUCUACGCGCUCCUCCUGGCGGCAUGCACAUCUCCAGCUAGCGUGCUGGCAAACAUGUACCUCGUCAAACUAACCGCUGGUGCGGACGAGGCGCGGAUUGGGUUUUUCGGCAUCUGCACCAGCACCUCCUCCUCGCAAACCCUCCUCUGCACCACAUCCCCCCCUUCCCCCUCAUCCACACCCACAAACCCCCUCACCACCCCCGCACACACCCUCCAAAAAAGCACCUUCUACCCCCUCCUCGCCGGCAGCGCAGCACUCUACAUCCUCUCCCUCCUCCUCUUCCUCUCCCUAUCUUUCCUCUCCGGGCUGAAUUCCAAACCCACCGCCAAAGCAGGCCUAUCGACAGCGUGCGGUGGGGCUGGAUAUGGUUGGGAAGGGGCUGGUUGGGGUUCUUGGUGA